AUGUUUUCGACUUUUAUUACCCGUCUAGCUCUUAUUGGAAUAUUUAUUCGAGGUGACUGUUCUGGCAUUCAUCACUGUGUGAAGUCGAAUUUUGACGAUAACAGCUGUACUGCCGCGAAAGAAGGGUUAAAAUCCGAUGAACUGACAAUGGCAUUAGUUCCAUACGAUGCCAAUAAAGAUAUUCUAGCUAUCUUUAACAAACCAGAGCGAGUGUUUCAUUUUGCUGGAAAGGAAUUAAAGAUACCACAGGACUGGAAUAACUUAGGCGUAGCGGCUGUUGUCUGGGAUGCGGCAGUUGUUCUUUCUGAAUACCUAGAAGCAGGGCAUGUACAUUUGGAGGGAAAGAGAGUGAUAGAACUUGGAGCAGGAUCUGGUCUAGUUGGUAUGGUGGCUACAUUACUGGGGGCUGAAACGAUUCUGACAGAUCAAGAAAAAGCAAUUCCAUAUUUAACUAAAGUAGUUACCAGCAAUCUACCUGAGGAACUUAAAGGAAAAUCUGAAGUGAAGGCCUUGGACUGGCAAGGAAAUUUAGAAUCCUACCAAGAGACAUUUGAUGUGAUCCUGGGAGCUGACAUUAUAUACAUUGAAGACACCUUUCCUGACUUGUUGAGAACUAUUGAACACCUUAGUAAUGAAGAGACAUUAGUUUAUAUUUCUUGCAGAAUAAGAUAUACAAGAGAUUCAAACUUUUUGAAAAUGUUUUCAGAUGUGUUUGAACUGAAAAAGGUUCAUGUUGAUAGACAGCGGGAUAUUACAAUCUACAAAGGGAGGAAAAAACCUAAAUGAAACAUGGUACAUGUAUAUAAAUAUGGUUAUCAGAAAAGACUGCAGAAAGUACUUUUAUCAGAUAUAAGAUUGAAAGGCCAGAAUGCAUUGUUUUUAAAUUUGUAAAAAUGUUACACUGAGUAAUUUAAAUGAUGAUAUCUUGCAAAGGUUAUACUCUAGAAUAAGCUUGUCAUUUAUCACAGUUUCAUGCAGAAGCAUUCUCUUAUAUUGUUCAAAAAAUGAGUUCAAAUGAAUUUAAAGAUAGUCUUUUACUGAUAAGUAAGAAUUUUACAUAGUAUUUUCUCUUGUGAAAAUAAAGUACAUAUAUUUUA